UACUAACUAAAUAAAUCAUUCCAUAGUACGACUAACACGGCUUUGGAUAGCAACAUUUACACAAGCUAAAUGUGAUCAAUCAAUUGAUAUGAACAUUGUUGCUGUAUCUUUAUUUUGCUAUUGCAAAAAGAAAAAGCACCACAGCAGAAUGUUGACUGAUUGAUUGAACUCGGUCACAGCGGCGCUGCCGUCAGUGUCGGACGAGGAGGAAGCGACCGACGCUUUUCAUCGCCGAGCGGUGACAAUUACGCAGUCCCAAUGUUAUUAAAUGUGGAUUUGUGCUCUCAUCAAUUACAGUAAAUUAAAAAGGACAUUGAUUUUGUUUGACCAGAACCUUCUAGAAGGUCUUGUUUAGCUCAGGAAAUUGGAGACUUUUCUUCAGGUCGCACAUUUUAGUUGACGAGGCAGGGGAACAACAUAAAAACGUUUGUGGGGGAAAAACUCGGACCGUAAGCUGUCAGGUUUGCGUUUGCGUCGCCUGUUUUGGAUCGAGCAGACGCUGCAAACGAGAAAACGAGUUUGGAUUAACAGCAACAGAUUCAGAGCCUCUUUGAAGUGGAGCCACUCGGGGAACCGCAUCCCGAAAGCGACGACCGCCGAUGGUCAGCCGGCGAGCACCGAAAUCCAAAGGAGACUUCGGCAACUUGCCUCCGUGCGCGCUUUGCUCGUCCCAAAACCGGAGAGCGACCGCCGUGUCGAUCAAAUUGGGGGUCCUCGCAAGCGGUCCAGGAUCCUGAAAAGCUCACCUGUGGUGUCAAAAGAAGCGCCAAGAACGGCCGUUGAGUUUGAAGACCACUAAUAGUCAAUCGGCAAUUUUCUUCGACCCGUUUCGAGGGAAAGACGGACUGGAUUGGCUCAAAUAGUCUGCAAUCCCAGAAAUUCGAUUCAAAAGGCCACCGAGGACAAAGGGAGAGAUUUUUCCGGACACUUAACAUCAGCUGUGGGUCUGUGUGCGCGCAUAUAGAUGAGAUGAAACGCUUGACGGCUACCAACGCAGGCGACUUGAGGAAAGAUCAAUCCAAAAAAACACCAACCAAAGAGUGACGUCGGUGGCAAUCGAAUGGCCGAGGGAGACCAAAAGCGUCGCGGGUCGCCGUGGUUUCAGCCUUCUUCGGGCAAGAGACGAGCGGACGUGAACGCGGCGACCGGUCUCCGAACCCGAUCGAGGGAGACGUAGAAGGAGAUAAGGUGGCCUGGGAAGGAACGUCGGGGACACGGAAGGACACAAAGCGCGCAAGCAGUCAAGGGAGGAUGAAGGCAGUGUGAGUCUUGCGCAGGAAGAGGAGCCGACGGCCAUUUCCACUGGCUGGGAUCUGCGCCGACGAUUCACAUUUGGAAUGGCGGCAAAACCGCCAAUGCGCGCGUCACAGACGUUUGGCCUCUCGUCGGUUGGUGAGUUGGACGAAACCGGGCUGGGGUUCUGGCGUGCAGAACUGAUGCUACCAGUUGGAGGCGCGCUCCUAACCUGGGACGGGAACGCAAAACGGCAGUCGUCGAGAUGCCCGGCGGAGACGUCGCCGGCCGUCGACGCCGCUUGCCGAUCGAAUUCUGACAGAAUAUUCAAAAGUACCUUUUGAAAAAUCAUCUCUCUCUUUGCUCCGUGUAAUGCUUUUCAUUAUUUUCAAAACUGACUCAAGGAGCGUGAGGACAACGAGACGGGAGGCGUGACGUCCAAGUCUCGACCCGAAGCGCCGGUUUCCGGCUUCCUCAAGUCAUUUGAAAAUAUAAGCGUGGCGAGCAACAAAGACAAACGGAAGAGCCCGGUGGCCAUCAAUUCCAUGACCCGGAUGAAUGCGAAGAGUCCCGGGCCGCUCAAAGGGACCCGAACCCUCGGUCUUCUAACCCACUUUGUUCCUCUGUCCUCAGGUCCUCCAGGAACGAUGGCGUCUCAAGAGGAGGCUUCCGCCUGGCGCCGUUUUUUCCAAUACGUGGAGGACCGCUGCCUUCAGGCGUACGACAACCUGGUCAUCCAGAACGCGUCGGACAUUUCCCGAGAGAGCGACCGCCUCCGGAACGACGCCAAUUGGACCUACUUGCAGGAAAAAAAGCAGAAGAAGAAACGGCAAGGAGAGGCCAUAAAAAGGACCGACGACGAGGCGGCAGGCGCGACCGACGUGGCCUUUUGCGGAAAACAUUUCCGGAUGGGCUUCAUGACCGUGCCGCCGCCGCAGGACCGCCUGCCCCCUCCCGGCCAGGCCUUCGGGAUCCGCUCUCAGUCGCUCACCUCGGUGGGCGCCGACGCCGCCGACGAGCGCAAACAGCCGCCGCCCAAACCCAAGAGGGACCCCAACACCAAACUCAGCGGCAGCUCGGAGGCGCUUCACACGCAAAGUCAGGACCAAGAUGAGGGUCACUUGCACGCGUGCGGCGAGGACUCGAAGAAGACGCCCCCGCCCAAACCCAAACGCAACCCCAACACGCAGCUCAGCUCCUCCUUUGACGAGGCCCACCCGUGUCACCACGGCGACCGCGGGACGGACACGCCGUCGCCGCAGAGUGGCUUCUCGGCGUCCCGAGACGACCCCGAGUCGGUUUACAUCGAAAUGGCGGCCAACGUCCCGGUCAAAAGUCCGGACGAUCAGAACGAGUCGGUGUACGAGGAAAUGAAAUACUCGGAUUCCUGUUUGUCUCUGUACCGCAUCCCUCAACCGUUUCCCAACCUGCUGACGCACCGGCCGCCGUUGCUGGUCUUCCCGCCGUUCCCCCCCCAGCGCUCCCCCAAUUCGGACGAGUCCCCGCUGACCCCCGUCGACGUCACCCAGCUGUCCAUGCCGGGGAGGAAGGCGGGCAAGAGGAGCGAGGACGAGGACGAGCGGCCGUCCGCGUCCACCGUCGCCGCUUCGGGUCGCUCGUCGGCGCCGCCUCUCGCGUCCGGCUCCGCCCGCGACGGGAGCGUGUACCCGCGCAGCCGGUCGGCCUGCCCCUCCCCCGUCGGCGCGGGUCGCUCCCGGACGCCCGUCGGCCUGAAGAGGCCCCCCCCCCCCUACAACGCCUCGCUGGCCGGCCGGCCCCCGGAGGGCGGCGCGUCGCCGGACGACUGCAGGAGCGGGAACAGCGCUGAAGAAUUGAAGUGUCCGCGGCAACUCGGUCGCUCGUCGUCGACAUCGGGGGUCCCUUCGAUGCCUUCGACCCCGCAAGACCAUCCCGCCCUCAGUCAGAUGCCGUGGCUGUGCGGCGACGCCACCAUGAUGGAGACGAUCCAGAAGAAACGAGUUUUGUGUCACGAAAUCAAAAGCCGCCGGCGCGCCCAGAAGAAUCUCGGCGAACGAGACCACCCGCCGGUCGCGCCCAACCGGAGGAGGAAACAACCGCCGCCGUACUCGUCUCCGCCCGCCGCGUCCGCCGGAUCGGCGCCGGCCGUGUGGGACACCGCCAUCUAGGGAGCGCCGACUUGUCCCGUGUCCGUUCAAAACUUGCGGCAGGGGGCGCGAGUGCGGUGAAGCGCAGCAGUUUGCAGGGAUCUCGGACGGACGACACCCCCCCCCCACCCCCAC